AUGGUAAAAUCAAAAAAGAGAGCAGCAUCAGCAAAUAUAGAAAGAGGGCCAGUUAAAGCUCCAAAAAGACAAGACAAAAUUGAUAAAGAAAAUGAAGAGAGUCUAUUUGAUAAUUUGGAUGAAGAAAUGGAUCCUAAAGAAUUAGAACACGUCUUGAAACAAGUAGAUGAAGAUGAUGAUUCUAUAGUGGACACUUUUAUGGAUGAAAUUGAAGAUCAAAAUACAGAAGAAGAAGAAGAAAAAGAUAAUAAUAAUGAUGAUGAUAUGCCUCAAAAGGACAAGACAAGCUCUGAGCGAUUCAGAGAUUUAUUUAUGACUAAAAUAACUCAAGCAUUUAGUACAGACUUGGAUCAAAUCAGACAGGAACCUGGAUUAGAUGGUCCUCGUUUGAACGUAUUGAUUGAUUCAUUAGAAUCUGGUAUUGAUAUAUUUUCUUCAAUAGAAAAAGAAAUUGUAUUGGCAGAUGAAGAAAAGACGAGUAGUAGUUUGUAA